AUGACGCAUUCGGAACAUCCCAUUGAGACGCCUCAGCGCGCACCCUCCCCAGUCCACAGAUUCGGUACCCUGGCUGUUCACGCUGGUAGUCCGCAUGACCCUGUUACUGGUGCGGUGAUCGAGGCAACCAGCGUCGGCAAGCCAGUCGGCCCAUACGACUAUUCCAGAGCUUCGAAUCCUAACCGUGACAACUUCGAGACCGCAAUCGCCGCACUCGAGCACGCCCGCUAUGCACUGGCCUUCAGUUCAGGUUCCGCAACCACCGCCAACAUUUUGCAAUCGCUUGCAGCAGGAUCCCAUGUUGUCUCCGUCUCAGAUGUGUACGGAGGAACGCACCGCUACUUCACCAAAGUAGCACUCACACACGAUGUCAAGGUCACGUUUAGCCCCAGCAUUGAAGUCGAUAUUGCCGACCUCAUUCGACCGAACACCAAGCUCAUUUGGAUUGAGUCGCCAUCAAACCCCACAUUGACGCUGGUGGAUAUCAGAAAAGUCACAUCUGUUGCGCAUCAACAUGGCAUCAUGGUCGUCGUAGACAAUACCUUCAUGUCACCUUAUAUACAGAAUCCAUUGAACCACGGUGCAGACAUCGUAGUUCAUUCAGUCACGAAGUACAUCAACGGCCACUCUGAUGUGGUCAUGGGUGCGGCAGCCUUCAACUCGCCAGAGCUAUACGACCGCUUGUCAUUCCUUCAAAACGCUAUUGGCGCAGUACCAUCAGCGUUCGAUUGCUGGCUCGCGCAUCGAGGGCUUAAGACGCUCCAUCUCCGUGCCCGCGAGGCGACCAAGAAUGCAACUGGAGUUGCGGAAGCCCUCGAGGCCUCACCCAACGUCCUUUCCGUCAACUACCCUGGUCUUGCAUCGCAUCCACAGCGCGAAAUCGCCAUCAAGCAACACCGUGACGGAAUGGGCGGCGGGAUGCUCAGUUUCCGCAUCAAAGGAGGACACGAGGCUGCUGAGCGCUUCUGCCAGGCUACCAAGAUCUUUACUUUGGCCGAGUCAUUGGGUGGCGUUGAGUCGCUCUGCGAAGUUCCCAGCGCAAUGACGCACAUGGGCAUCCCCAAGGAUCAGCGUGAAGCGGCUGGUGUCUUCGACGAUCUUGUCCGCAUGAGCUGCGGAGUUGAGGAUGAACUCGACCUUGUCGCUGAUGUCCAGCAAGCGCUCGAGAAGGCAGUCGCCGCAACGAAGACCACAAACGGGAAGGCCACCAAUGGGGAGGCGACGGCAUAA